CCGCUACUGGGGAGUUUGAGGUUCCGUCCUGAUUUUCCUGAAUUUAUCGUCCACUGUACAUUCCCCAUCCUUUUAUAACUUUAUUAAGUAUUAAAUUAUUGGGUGUAGUCUAAAAUCGGAAAGUGUAAGCUUCGAAAGAACGACUCGUUCUCGACAAGAUAAUCGUCAAUUUAUUCAAUAAGAUAUAAUUUUAAAGGAAGUCUCUAAUUACGUUUAAGUAUGUUGUAGCAGAUCGAUGGUACGUUUAACUUAUGGUCGUCUGUACUUCGUGCUUUUAAAUAUUUUUGAAAUUUCUUUGAAUAUAGACUAGAGUUGUUAAAGAAUUUCGCUAAUACAAUGCGACGCUUAUUUUUAAUUAUUUAUUUGUUAAUAAGUUCUGUCUAUUGUGGAUCUGAGGAGCAAGAAGGUGUUAAGUACGCCGAUAAGUGCGAAGUUUGUAAAGUUGUUGCUACAGAAUUAGAAGCAAGACUCGACGAGACUGGAAAAACAAGUGAUGUUAUAGAAAUUGGUUAUUCGGUAGAUGAUGUUAUUCCAAAAAAAAGAAAAAAAUAUAAAACAUCAGAACUGCGAUUAAUAGAAUCGUUAGAAGAUAUUUGUGCCAGAAUUUUGGAAUAUAAUAUUCAUAAAGAAAGAACUGACAGUACUAGAUUUGCCAAAGGCAUGAGUCAAACUUUCAAAACAUUGCACGGACUUGUGGAUAAAGGAGUUAAAGUUGAACUAGGAAUUCCAUUUGAAUUAUGGGAUAAACCAUCGGUCGAAAUAACAACGCUAAAAACACAGUGUGAAGAUUUGAUAGAAAAUCAUGAAUCGGAUAUAGAAGAUUGGUAUUACAAUCAACAAGGAAAAACUACGUUAAUCAAAUAUUUGUGCUCGGAGCGCGCUUUAAAAGGCAACGACGAUUCCUGUUUAAAAGAGAAAGGAGACACGAGCGAAGCUCCCGUAAUUAAGAAAAAAGAUCAAGAAGAAUUGUAAUAGAUAUAAAUAAGCCUCUUAUCUUGUAACAAACUAUAAUAUUCAAGCGAUGCAUAUUUGACAUAUCAAAUUUCCAAAUAUAAAGUGGUUUAAAGAUCGUUCAAAAUUAAAAUCAUGAAGUACCAUGUGAUAUU